AUGCAAUCUGACUGUUCGAGAGAAGCUAGAGCAGGCGCGUAUCCCCCAAUCAAAGGUCCCUCCCCACAGGGGCGCUCCAACUUCUCACAGUCGGCUCAUCCCACCCACAAUGGCCAAUACAUUGAGCUUGAUGAUUUUGGACCACCAGAAAGUCCAGUUCUGAAUGAUGGGCAUCAUGUUGCUCUAAGCAAAAAAAGUCGUCGCGCAGUGUACAUUCCAAAUACUCUUUGGACGCGUUCGUUUGCUACCGCGGUUAUUCUCGAAACACUGGUAACCGUUGGGAUUGAAAGCUGGAUAUUUAUCAGUAUUUCGAAAGAAUUCGGGGAGCUGAAUAUGAGAAGUGGAACCACACGUCUUCGAUCCUUUCUGGGUCUCUACAUAUUCGCACUACUUUACGAACUUGGCCUCUCGUACGAUGCAUUACGACGAAAAAACACUUUUCAACUGAUUGGCUUAUGUGUUUGUAACACGGGGCUUUUGACUUACGGCUGUAUGCAAAUAAAAGAGAUCAGGGACACUAUCACAAACGUAGUGGCAAACACUGCACGCAGCAACAAAAUCUGGGCAAUGUACUAUAUUGAGCUCAUAUUGGUUCCUGUUUUUAUCGGUGUUGGGACCGCUGUCAUGAUAUUUGUGACAUGGAAAUUGCGAGCUGAGUUCUCAUGGUCGAUAUAUAAAAAUAUCAGUGCAGAUCUGCGGAUGAAUCGCAGAUAUACAAUAUAUCAGGUUUACAUUGCCCUUCUGAAAUUUGAUUUCUAUUUUAUAUUUGGAACACAACUUCAGGUUUUACUGGCUGUCCAAGAUUUCAAAAACCAAGAGUUUUUUGUCACUGCAGCUAUGGUCCCGGUUGCUAUAGUAGCUUUGAUUCUAGCUGCCCUGUUCUGCCGUCGAGAGAAAACAAAGUCGCUGAUUUUGAUGAUGCUCAUGAUGUGCAUUAUCGCCGGAACUUUUGUUAUGACACUAGUACAUAUGUAUGGUCAAGGCACUGUUAGCAAUGAUCUGAGUUCAUACAGGGUAUCCUUGACUCUUUUUGCCAUUAUAGCUAUGCUUUUGAUCAGUACAACACUGGUCAAUUCUCUGAUGUGCAUUUUGAACUUCAACAAAGGACUAAAAGAGUACAUUGUACAAUCGAGAUCGAGACAACCAACCACAGGUCAAUCGAAUCCAUCCUGGAGUGCAGAUGUUAAAUCACGUUUCGUACUCAACUGA